AUGUCGACCAACAACGAUCUGCAAGCUCUGUUUGCCAACUUGAGGCCGAAGCCUCGCGACUCCCCUGCCCCCUCCCACACGUCGAACCAGCCCAACUCUGCAGGUCAAACCUCCCCGUUCGCUGCCGUCCCGCCAUUGCCUUCGAGCCCUCCUCCCUUCACCUCUGUUGCGAACGAAAGCUCCUACAACCAAAUGGCGCAGCCCGUCGCGUCGGGCCCCUCUGCCACGGCGCAGUCCUUGCUGAAUUUGCUGAAUUUCGGGCCGACUACUUCUACGCUUUCAAACGCCAACUCAAGACCUCUUUCUUCUGCUGGCAAUGCUUUUGGGGCCUCUGAAGAGAAGAGUGACAGGCCGGCAGCAAAUGCUCCGGCACCAGGACUGUCGACUUCAGCUUCGGAUCUGCUCGCAAAGUUCAUGUCAUCUUCGCCUGCUCUAAGCAGACCAACAACCCAAUCCCCACUGAAUCUGGAGGAUCAAGGUGGUGGCGGCGGUGGCGCUGCCAAUCGACCACAGUCUACAAGUGGAAGUGGCCGUGAUGCAUCACAGGAUGCACUACUCAAGCUCCUCAGCAGAACCCACCCCGGCAAUUCCGUCAACGCGCGCCAGAAUUCCGUUGAGGGGACGCAGUCCCAAUCCCCAGGCGCCAACUCUGAUAUCAAGUCUACAGAGAUGAGGCCGACGAAGAUAGAGUCGCCCGCUCCUUUGUUGGGUUCCAGUCCCACGGCAGAGGGGCCUCUAUCCGGAGCUCUCGGUACUGACUCUAAGCCGUCAACCCAGAAUCCACCCCUGUUUACGUACACCAACCCUUUUGAGGCCUUGCAAGCCUCUUUGAACGCUUCCCGGGCGCAGACUCCUAAAGAAGGAGCUACGGCUGCCAAGCCCGUCAAUAUUGAUGUUGCUCAAUCAAAUGUCGAGUCUGGUAACGACCUAUCUGAAGACACAAAUUCACGCAUGGCCACAGAUGACCAGGUGGCUAAGAGGAAGAUACUCACGCCUAGACUACCAUUAGCACCAAAGAAUACCGCAACAUCGCGCGAAGGUUCAGUCGCUGCAGCUGCUCGGGAGAACGAAACACAAGACGCCGCUCCCGUGGAAGAGACAGGAGCCUCCGCUCCUGCGGAGAACAGGUCGACAGAUGAAACGAAAGAGGAGAUUCCCCUGGACCAUGGUAAUGGUGCGAAGCAUGACGAGAGCUCUGGUGUGGAGAAGACUGUUGACCAAGCGCCUGAUGCCGGUGAUGAAUGGGAAGAUGCGGAAGAGUCACCGAAUAAGGAAUCCCCCAGGACGGUCCCGGUUUACAAUUUCCCCAUCAAACCAUUUGUCUCGAUCACCUUGCAGUUACCCCAAUCUUCGGGCGUCGGCAUCAGAGAUGACGGUGUUAUGGAGAUAUCAAGAUUGAAGAAGGACUUCGAUCAGCUAGACCGUUCUCUAGCAGCUGCGACAUCCAAGUACAUCACCUAUGCCUUGGUCAAGAACGGCGGAAUGCGCAUCAUCCGGCAGGACGACGGUAGUGAUCGACAAGUCUUCAAGAAUUCUCAUGACCGCAUAUUUAAUGUCGCUCUUUGCACCACCUCUUCCGCUGGCGAGCCAUCGGAUGAACAGGCGCUUCUCGGGACCGGAGUCAGCGGUGCCGUGUAUUACGCAACAAUCAACAAGGACGGAAACGACCUGUUUGAGAAAAACGAGCUUGACGCCGAGAGCCUCAUCUUUCCACCUUUCCCGCCAGCCGAUGAGAAUGCAUCUGGGGGCGUGCUCAAGACGCGUGCGAAAAGAAGCUCUCGCCACCCCGAGUUCUUUGCAAUUGGACGCGGCAAGGCAAUUCAUCUCGUCUGGCCAGCAACUGCAAUUUCUUCACGAUACGGUAUCAGCGAGCAGAAUCGGCGUGUCGAUGUUGAUAAGUUCUUUCAAGAGCGAUCACUGCAGAUCUCAACUGGGAAGGCCGGCAAAGACUUCACCUUCAGCGAGGAUGAUACUUUGAUUGUUUCUCUGGACAAGACUGGAAGAUUGCGAUUCUGGGAUAUCCGUAAACUGAUUGACGAGUCAAAUACCACCUCCACUCGACUUGCGAAUAUGACCGUUGAUCUCCCGAUAUUGUCCCUUUCCACCGCUUCCCCAUCAGAGAAGUCAUGGCCGACGUCUGUUCUUUUCGUAGACAAGGCUCGUCCAUACGUCAAAGGAGGAGCGCUGCGUUACGUUCUUGUCGGGCUGAGGCAGAAUCACACUCUUCAGCUCUGGGACAUUGCGCUUGGUAAAGCCGUUCAGGAGAUCAAUUUCCCUCAUGAAAACGAGACUGACGGUAUCUGCAGCGUGUGCUAUCACGCAAACAGUGGGAUUAUCGUGGUGGGGCAUCCGACCAAAAACUCGCUCUUUUUCAUUCAUCUCUCUGCACCGCGUUAUUUGCUCUCUACAUCUCUGACCCAGGCUGCAUAUGUGCAACGCAUUGCUGCGAAAGAUCCAGACUUACCGAAGCCUGAUUCUACAGCCUGCAUGAGUGGCAUUCGUGAAAUGUCACUUGCAGAGAAAGGUGAGCUUAGAAGCGUUGAGAUCCUUCCGAUUUAUCGAACUGCUGAGGAACAGAGGGCGGUUGACGAAAAGACGCCUCUCUUUGAGCUCUACGUAGUGCAUUCAAAAGGUGUCACUUGCCUCAACAUCACAAAGGAGGACCUUGGCUGGAAUACAAACAGUAAGGUGGUCCAUGGAAUCGAUGCCGCGAAGGAAGGAUACGUCAGGUUGAAAGAAUUACGACUCGGGACCGUUAUCGAAGAAGGGCCUCGAGAUAAGAGCCCGACUGAGGAAGUACUAGGAUCAACUAAGAGUUUGAAGAAGAAGCAAGGAAAGAAAACUUCAUCUUCUGCCGAACGCGCGGAGACCAUGCAGGUUGAAGAUUCGGAACCUGGGAAACCAGUGCCUGCACAGCCUCUCAGCAACGGGGCUGAACCACUCGCAGAGACGACCAACAUUGAAACUCCGUUGCCCAAGGAAAACAGGAAGAGUAAGAAGAAAGCUGCCUCAUCCGCCGACUCACGGCUCCCUGAAAAGGUCGCGCUCACCGAAUCAUCUGCCAAAGCUGCCUCAACGGCAGCGGCCACCCUUGCACCUGCAAAUGCGGCUCCUGUUGAAGACCAAAACUCUGCGCCAGCAGCUGCGGCUGUCCCUCUCACAUCAACCACAGAAGCAUCCGCCAAACCCGAAGCGGUCACUGUGGGUAUUUCCGGCGGGUGGCUAGACAAGGAACUCAAGAAGGUCGAGAAGGCUGUAUCUACGGAGUUCCGAAAAGAGCUGGACUCUCUUUAUCAGAAUAUCCAGAAUGACAGAGCCGUUCAGGACUCUGCUGCCAUUGCCCGUCAGGAAGCUCUCCUUCGCUUAGUCUCGGCUACUCUGAGCAACAACGUUGAAAAAUCACUUUCUCGCAUCCUUUCAGCUCAAAUGCAACAAUCAAUUGUUCCAGCACUCACGGGAGCGACGGUACAGGUGGUGGGAAGCCAAGUGGGGGAAGCUGUGGCGAAAUCUCUCCAUUCCUUGGUGCCGAAGGAGUUGGCUGCGCAACUGCCUGUUGCCAUCAAUGGAGUUCUGCAGAGCCCCCAAAUGACCCGAACAAUAUCAGACACAGUCUCGCAAAAGGUUUCAAAACAGAUCGAGACCCAACUGAACGAUCUUAUGCAGAAGCAUGUGGUACCGACGUUCAAGACCCUCGCAGCCUCAGCAGCGGAACAAGCCGCAUCUGAGGUUGAAGUGCGCUUACGGAAUGAGAUUCGUCAACUGGAGAAUGACCGACGGAAUGACCUGACGAGGUUAGAAAAGCUGGGCCAAGUGCUCCAGGCAACAGCCGAGGCACUACAGCAGAUGUCCGACACCCAGGUCGCUUUCCAAGGUCAGAUCCUGAAAGAUCGUCGUCAGCUCGCACUGGUCGGAGAAACCAGUUCAUCCCCGGUGCCUGGCCAGGUGUCAACAGCCCGGAUGACGCCAUCACCUCGAGGCAUCCCAAGAACAAUAGUCCAGCGACAGAAGACGAAGGAGGAACUCGAGUUGGAAGAGAUCAGCCAAUUGAUGAAUGAGGGUCGUUACGAGGAGGCUUCAAUUAAAUGGCUACAGUCGACCCAACCAUCGGAGUUGUUCGACAAACUGUUCAUCCACUUCACUCCGGAGUAUCUGGCAACUGACGUCUCACCGCUGAUCGCCUUUUCAAUCGCCGUCACCAUCGGCAAUUCUCUGGCAACGAAUACGGCCCAACGACUCGAGUGGAUAUCUGCUGCGUUCAAUGCGGUCGAUCUUGCUGAUCCCGAAAUCUCCGAUCUAGCGCAACAUGCACCGGCACUUUUGAGCUCCUUGAUCCAGAAACUCGAGCGCCUGUACAUGACGAUCGCAGAACGAGAUCCGACCGAUCCAGCGCUGCAAAUCAUGCCAGUUGUUUCAAGGAAGGCGAAGGAGAUGAGGGCCACUCUGGAGGGACCAGUACGGCAUGGUGUUGAUUUUUAG